AGUAAAGACGGGACGGUUUGGAAUUCUACAUACCUUCAGCAUAAAAUAAGUUCAGUAAAACAACAACAAACUCAAAUGAAUCCAGAAAACACAUAAAUGUAAAAUGAGCAGUCUGUGGAUGGGCAACUUGGAGCCCUACAUGAAUGAAGACUUCGUCUGCAGAGCUUUUGCUCUCAUGGGAGAAACAGUGUUGAGAGUCAGACUGAUCCGAGACAAAAUAACAGGGGAAGCUGCAGGAUAUGGUUUUGUGGAGCUGAUGGACGAGACGUCAGUAGAGAGAUGCCUGCGCAAAGUCAAUGGAAAACCUUUACCUGGUGCCACUCCUCCUAAGAGGUUCAAGUUGAGUCGUGCCACUUAUGGGAAACACGGAGAAAGCCGAUCUUCUUUCUCUCUCUUCGUAUCGGAUCUAACUCAAGACGUGGAUGAUGGCAUGUUGUAUGAGUUCUUUCAUUACCAUUUCUCAUCCUGCUCCAGUGGGAAGAUCAUUCUGGACAAUAGUGGAUUCUCAAAGUGCUGUGGGUUUGUGACUUUUGAGAGUGAGCGAGAUCAGAGACGAGCUCUGGCAGACCUACAGGGUGCAUCUGGGCUUGGGAAGAAACCUCUACGCCUCAGUAUGGCUACAAACAAAGUGAAGCAGAAAGAGUCGACAGAGAGCCAAGAUGGGCAAUUCUCUGCAGAAAACUACAAUAGUCAUAACUUGUAUCUGAAGCAGUACGGUUACACACAAUACACCAGCCAUUCCACUGCAUAUGACUGGAACUACAACUACAAUUACAACUACAUGCAUUAUUCUCAAGACGUCCCACAGGGCCAUGAAGAGAUGGAAGAUGAUAUCCUUGAGUACCCAGACUGUGAGAUAAAUGUGACAGAGGCCAAUGAGAGGUUUAUGGACCAGAGUGAAGAACUGUACAGUGCUCUGAUUGGCUGCGUCUUCCAGCCUCCAGAGUCAUGGGACGGGGUCACCUGUAAUGUUACAUGUUACUUACCAGAGCCGAUUUAUCAGUAUGAGGAGAUGGACUGAGGAUGCCAAGCACCAAUUAUUUGA